AUGGACGAGCCUCCCUUUUGCCAACCGAGUGUUGCCACUUCAAAUUUGACGGCGUCCAAGAUCCCCGCAUCCCGCACAUAUGGUGAACUACCCGCCAUCUACACGGCGAUGCGUCACUCACGCAAGGCAACACCAACAAGAAUACCCCUCCCCGAGCCCUCCACAGCAACGACCUACACCACCGCCAUGGUUCCUCCGCACGGCCCUCUGAAUGAUGAGAACCUACCCCCGGCCCAGGCACUCGGCAGUCUUCAACAUAAACACAAGAACAGCAUCGACAUAGCUGCUGCUAAGCUUCGUGGUAAAUCCAAGCUGAGGCCCCUCGCUCCACUGCCUAAGUCCAGCACCCUGAAUGUGCUUUCUAACUUGACGGCUUCCAUAUCCCGCACUUCGCUGUCCAAAUUCAGUAGAUCAACAUCCAUCUCGUCCACUGCCGAGUCCGAACCUCGAACUAGCAUUGCAUCAAGCUCUUCGGUAAGGCUACCGGGGGUGAACGCGAGCAACCCCUUGCAGAUCUCUACAGCUCAGCCAUCAGCAUACUGGACUGGUCGGUUCAUGGCCUUGCAGGACAGAUUCCGCAAUGAGAUGAUGUUACCGGAGAACAUGACGACCCUUAUCACAGCUCACGCCGAGCGGUCGAUCGUCCCGGAUUGUGCGUCUAAACCGUCGUCAUCUCACGUGCCUGCAUCCUCAUCUAACCCCAGCCUUGUGCGGUCCAAAGCCAGAAAGCCGAAGCACUCGUCAUCAAAUGCGGCAAACAAUGCUAAGCUCCGAUCAAGGCUUGCACAAGAAAGCCUGGAUGCAGCACGUCUUGAGGACGAAGAUAACAGGGCACGCAGGGUCUUCCUCCAUCUCGAGGCCAUGUGUACUACGAGCGAGGCCAAGCGGAGCUUGCACGCCUGGCAGCAGAGCUAUGCAAGGCGCAUGGGCAGGGAAGAACUCCUUCCUCGAGGAGGUACCAUGGAUGACAAGGGCUGGGUUGGUCGCUUCCUGGGACGAAACAGCCACGACGAGAGCAAGAGAAGCAGCGUCUCGACAGUGUUUUAA